AUGACAGCAGGGCAUGUUUGUGUGUUUCUGUGUAUCUACAAGGAUCGGUCACUCAGAACACCAUUCAACUGCUACGUGGUGGCACUGUCGGUGGCGGACUGUCUGAUAUCCAUCAUCGCAGCCCCGAUUCACUCAAUACAGCAACUCAGCACCAAUGGAUUGGCGCCGGAAAUAUGCACUGUCAAAAUCACCGUGGCCACCUCCUCCAUUGCCUACUCCCUUCUUUCCAUGGGGGUGAUCGCUGUCACUAGGUUGCUGGCCGUGUUGAAGCCCUUGAAGUAUAGGAGCAUGACGAUCAAAACCGUUAUCUUCGUGAUAGGUGCACAGGCUACUGUUUGCAUAGUAGUGACCGCACUGAUGCAGGGCUCCCCCAACGUUACCUGGUCGUGUCGUCUGAUGCACAUGAUGCACACGAAAGAGGCAUAUGAGAAGGCAUUCGUUGUCUUCGCCAGAGAGCGAGGCAAAGCAGUCAGCGAAUACUGGUGGAUUUCAAUCCCAUGCAUUGCUCUAGUCAGUUUCCUGGUCACAACCGUUUCAUAUGUGCGUAUGUUUUUUGCGUUGCGAUCUCGUCCUACCAACAUUGUUGUUCCUCAGAACCAAAGUGAAGCUGGUCUGCAGAUCGAAAAUGAAGCUGGUCCGCAGAUUGAAAAUGAAGCACCUGAAACCCAAGCCACAGUAACAACCCAGGGUGCAUACAAGGCAGACAUUCUGACACUACAAACUGCAUUUAUACUAACUUUGGCUUUCUUCGUUUGCUACAUCCCGUCCUUUGUGAUAGGAUUUUUGGUCGGAUCAGGGAGUGGUUACCUCUAUCCGAUUGUAACUUCACUCACGUACUUUCACUGUGUUCUAAAUCCUUUCGUUUAUUUGUGGAAAUCGCAGCAAUUUAGAAAAUCCAUCAAGAAGUUGCUUACCUGUUUUUGA